AUGUCACAUGUAGAACAAUUCGGACCACUUUAUAUCCAUUUAUUAUCUUCAUGGGUUUGUUCCUAUUUUUCGGGCCUUGCUUGUAAACUUUGUAUGCAGUUCUUAGGUUUCUCAUUGCCUUUAGCACUUGCAACGCCAGUAACCGCAACUGUGGUCAUGAUGCAAUGUCGUUAUAAUUUCCUGCCCUCGUCUGCCAAUUUUUAUUUCUGGGUUUGCCCUGACAUCGACGGGGAUUUCGUUACCUAUCACUAUGUUCUGCUUGCUUUAGCCUGGUUAUCGCAGAUGAUAAUCACUUCCCAUAUAUGGUUCCAGCAUUCCGAUCGUAUGUCGAAAGUAGAGAGAUUAUUUGUGUCUCCGAUGAGAUGUGUUUUAACCGACCAGUCUCUAUUAUUAAGACGUCGUCGUUGGGAGAAGAAUACGUUCCUGUAUCACUAUGGUGAUGAUGGUUGUGAGUUCUAUGAUAUGUCACAGAAAGAUGAAUCUAUUCCAAAGAUCUACGCAUGUGCUACUAUGUGGCACGAGACCCGAAAUGAAAUGACCCAAUUGUUGAAGUCGAUAUUCAGAAUGGAUAUAGAUCACAGUGCCCGGUAUUUAGCACAGAAAUAUUACCAGAUCCAUGAUCCAGAUUAUUAUGAAUUUGAAGCUCAUAUAUUCUUCGAUGACGCCAUGGAACUAAGUGCCAGUAAUACAUGGUUACCAAAUUAUUUUGUCAAAGAUCUUGUUGAUUGCCUAGAUGAUGCUCUUAGUUCUGUUCAUGAGCGUCAGAUAUCCCUUGGUCCACCAGCUAGAACACCAACACCAUAUGGUGGUAGAUUAACCUGGGAUUUACCUGGUGGUACCAACCUUGUAGUACACCUGAAAGACAAACAUAAAAUACGUCAUAAGAAGAGAUGGUCUCAGGUGAUGUACAUGUAUUAUUUGUUGGGUUAUCAACUUCUCGCACAACCAGACACUUCUAUGAAAGAAACUAUAGAAUCAACCGAUUCUACCAAGGUUCGAAUAACCGACUCACAGCUUCGUAAACGACGUCGUUCAGCUCAUUUCACACGAAGCAUUUUAUUCAAUUUCGUACCAGAGGAGGUUCAAACACAGGCAGAAAAUACAUUUAUAUUAACCCUGGAUGGUGAUGUUGAUUUUAAACCGGAUGCUGUUAGAUUAUUGGUUGAUAGAAUGAAGAAAAAUAAGAAAUGUGGUGCUGCAUGUGGUAGAAUACAUCCCAUUGGUUCAGGUCCGAUGGUGUGGUACCAACAAUUUGAAUAUGCUAUUGGUCAUUGGUUACAGAAAGCAACAGAACAUGUUUUUGGUUGUGUAUUAUGUGCACCAGGUUGUUUUAGUUUGUUUCGUGGAUCAGCGUUAAUGGAUGAUAAUGUAGCUAGACUGUAUACAACUAGAGCUAAUCAAGCAGGAGAAUAUGUCCAGUAUGACCAAGGUGAAGAUCGGUGGUUGAGCACUCUGCUGUUACAACAAGGGCAUCGAAUCGAUUAUUGUGCUGCUGCAGAUGCACUGACUCAUGCUCCAGAGACAUUCUCCGAGUUCUUUAACCAGAGACGAAGAUGGGGUCCCUCUACAUUAGCCAACAUCAUUGACUUAUUGGGAGACUGGAAGAAUACUGUUAGAAUCAAUGACAACAUCAGUACCUUGUACACGUUCUACCAAAUAACUCUACUAGCUUCAACAGUUCUUGGUCCAGCAACAGUUUUAUUGAUGAUGGCGGGAGCCUAUACGGUGGUCUUUAAAACAACCGUUCUGGAGUCGUAUGCGUUGGCAAUUGUACCUGUUAUAUUUUAUAUAGUCCUUUGUAUGUACAGUAAAACAGAAACGCAACUGACGGUGGGGGCAAUCAUGAGUGCGAUAUAUGCGGUAACAAUGACCGUUGUGUUGGUAGGAACGGUUGGGACAGCAGUCGAGGGUUCCAUUACCAGUCCGAACGUGAUAUUUAUGAUAAUGUUAGCUUUCACAGAGAAAGACAAAAUCCGAGAUAUCAUUAUGCGAGUUAUAGAACUACAGAAGAUGAGAGAUAUUGAACACGAACCGGAACCAGAUUAUGACGAACCACUUCCGGAUUACGAAAAUGAGGAUGAAAUAGCAGAUCAGCAAAGUACACAUAGCGGUGAAGAAUCUGUAACAGUGCCUCCAUCCUACCAUACGGAUGAUAAUUUCGUUUAUGAUUUUCCUCGUAGGACGAUAAGAAGACGAGCUAGAAUCUUCAACAGUAGAGGUAAUCCCACAGGUCGAACUCUGCAGUUAGCGUUUGAAAAGAGAUACCGCAAUCAGCUAGGUAGAGAACGAAUAUAUGAUGAGACUAGAAGAUUGAGCCAUAUAUCAGAAGAAUUAGAUUGUCCAGCACCAGAUUAUUUUGAUGUUUAAUUAUAAUAUCAAUGUACAGUAAAACAAAAAAAGUUGUUUUAACUAUGGUAUGUUUAUAUGGGUGUAUUAUGUAUUGUAUGUAGGUAUGAAUGAUGUACAUUAAUGA